GAGCCGAUAAGCAGAUGCUUCCUCUCUGUGAUCAAAAGCGUUAAUGAUCAAAGGGGAGGUCCAUUCCAAUCCAGUUCCAAAGUAAAACGUCAUCUCCUUCCUCUUCAGUCGCUCACCGACACAAAAUGUUUUUUUUUUUAUUUUCUGAGUGGGAAACACUUCAGUGUCAGGCAGCCAUCAGGGUGGAGCUCAGGGAUACUUGAUGUUGGUGUUUUGCGUAAAACAUCUACAGAAAUCUCGCUUCCAGACCUCUUCAUCAUCCUCACCAUUAAUCAGCCAUCAAACACCAUGUCUAAGCCAUCAGCCAUGCUCGGACGUGGCAAAGCUAAAUUAGCCGUCGCUGCUCAUCCCAUGCUCAUCAUCUCCACCACAUCCUCCCACACUAGAACCACUAGUGGCAACUUCUUUGAUGACUUGAUGAAUCAGAUUCCUUUGCCUCGAUGGGCGAUCUAUGUCAUCGUUGCAGUGGGCAUCCUGCUGAUUUUGCUCUGCUGUCUGUGUAUCUGUAUCAAAUGUUGCUGCAAAGGGAAAAAGAAGAAGAAAUUUCAGAGAGAUGAGCAGAUCAAUCUGAAAGGAGUAGAUGGGAAAACCAGCACAGUUCUGGUUCAGCCAGAUGUUGUGGAUGUUGACUAUGGUUCAACCAAAGUAUACAGAGGAAAGUUGCUUUAUUCUUUGGAAUACAACGCUGCUCUGUCUGAGCUCACAGUGGGAAUCAAACAAGCCAACAACCUGAAGGCCAUGGACCUGGGAGGGAGCUCAGACCCAUACGUCAAACUCUACAUUCUCCCUGAAAAGUCCAAAACGUACGAGACCAAGGUGUUCAAAAACACGCUGAGCCCGGUCUUCAAUGAGCAGUUCACCUUCCAGCUGCCCAGGUCUUCUCUGCUGAAGUCGACUGCCGUCAUGAAGGUGUUCGACUUCAACCGCUUCACCAAACACCAGGUCAUUGGUGAACUACGACUGCAGCUCGGCGACGUGGACUGGAACCACGUCAUUGAGGAGUGGCAGGACCUGGCAGAGCCCGCCAAAUUUGAGGAUGAAAACCUGGGAGAAAUCUGCUUCUCUCUACGUUAUGUUCCAACUGCCAACAAGCUGACCGUGGUUAUCCUGGAGGCCAAAAACCUGAGGAGCAUGGACUUUGGAGGAAGCUCAGAUCCAUAUGUGAAGGUCCAGCUGACUCUGGACAAGAGGAAAUGGAAAAAAAAGACAACAUCUAUAAAAAAGAAGACGUUAAACCCAUACUUUAAUGAGUCCUUCACCUUUGAGGUUUCAUUUGAUCAAAUUCAGAGGGUGAACCUGGUGGUCUCUGUGUGGGACCACGACACGGUGACCAGGAACGAUGCCAUAGGAAAGGUUUUCCUGGGCUGUAACGCCAGCGGGAACCAGCUGAGGCACUGGGCGGACAUGUUGUCGAACCCGCGGCGGCCGGUGGCUCAGUGGCACAGCCUGCUCUCGGCUGAGCAGGUCAACUCUACCCUGGCUUUAAAAAAGAGGAUUCCUGUUCCCAACAAAGUGAAGGAAAGCCCACUGUUUGAAAAACAUUUUAAAUAGACUAAAAGACUGCUUGAAUAUAAUGUCUAUGAUAUUUUUCUGAUAUUAAUUAUAGAAGCACUUUUCAUCUUUCAUGAACACAUUUCAGCCUUCUUAGGAAAACCUACCUACUAGAUUAUAUAUAUUGUUACUAAUUGUGAAAUCAAAAUGUCUCUAUAUUUGCUAUCAAUGUGAGAUGAUAAAAUAAGGUUUGAAAAGGAUGUUUGUACAGCGGGUAAAAUAAGUAUUGAACACGUCAACAUU